UUAGUUGAGAUGACAGUGACCAUAAAGAUACUGGUGCCAAUCUUGAUCUGCAUUGUUGCUAAUGCAGAAGUGCAUAACCACGAAUGUAUUCCAACUAGCUUCCACGGUCUUUGUAUUUUGGAGUACGUCUUCUAUCAUCCAAAUAACAACGGUACCCACAUUUUUCCUAAGGGCCACCCGCUCAUCCGGAUCAGCAACAAAAACACAUGGGCGAACGGAGUGCACUCAGUUAUCGAGAACUUCGAUGCAGACCUGCACAACCAGCUCGGACAGCCGGAGGCUGUCGAAAUCAUAAACGUCUACAUGACGUCCUUGGAAAUACCACUUUCCCUACACCAUGCCAACUUCGAGGACAAUAGCAUUGAAUGGUUCACGAUCGAGGUCGACGCUGGAAGAGAACCUUCCAUUAGCCUACUGGAUCUAUCCGGCAACUCAAUUUUCAACCUAACCAAUAUCAGCAGACUUAUAAAUUUGGAAUCUCUCUAUCUGGCAAGUAAUCGUAUUCAAACGAUUGAUAAGCGAGUUUUUGCACCAUUAAUCAAGCUAAAGUAUCUCAGUCUGAACCAAAACAAACUAGUGCAGCUCUCGCUGAGCACGAUUCCGCCUAGUUUAACCUCCCUGUGGCUGUACUACAAUGAGAUAAGAGUGAUCAGUUUUGACAGCUCAAAAAGCUUCCCUUCGCUGAAGGCAUUCAACGUAGAAAAAAAUAACUUGGAAUCAUUAAAUAUUUCCGCGUUGAUUCAGGCAAUGCCACGAUUGCAGAUUGUCCGCUUCGGUAACAAUAAGCUGGACCGUAGCAGCGUGCUGGCAAUGGUCGACAUUCUACGGCGACACAACAUUAGCUAUAGCUUCGCCAACGAAGGUGACACUGUAGUUGAUCACUGCUACUACGGCCACGUAGAAGGUGUUUGCUUGCAGGAGCAAAUGAUGGAAAGGGGUUGGCCCAAGGCGGCCAUACUCAGUCUACUGACCGCUGGCACUGCCAGCGUUUUCGUUUGGAUCGUGUGGCGAGUGUUCGUCGCGAUGAAUAAGUGAUAAAGUAAUGUUUGUUAAGUUUGAGAGAACAAAAUUAAAUAUACUCAAAUUGUUUUUUUUUUUCUUCUGGUAGAUAAACCAAUCUGCUUGAACGUGUAUUUAUUAUAAUACUAUUAUACAAGUGCUUGAUAAGCUAUUCAGGGCUGGAAAUUGGUCAUUUUUUAGUGACUUGGUCACUUUUUUCAAGCUAGUCUCUUAAAAGUCACUUUUUUGAUCAAAAAGCCACCAAAGUCACUUUUUUCCAUCAAAAAGUCACUAAAGUCACUAUUUUCAUAGGGGCCUGUGCUGUAAGUCACGUCGUGUGUCACUUUGCUCGAAUAGUCCACUUUCCCUAUUUUGUAAGUCACACGCGACACAAUUUUUGUCGAGAACACUCGACCGAGUCGAUCGCUACAAAGCUAGUGACACCUGAGUUUGCUUUGUUUAAGUUAUUUAUCGCGCCGUUAUGCUGUCCGUUUUCCCUGUACUCGACAGUGACUGGGACGUUGCUGGACGUGACUUACAGAACAGGGCGCAUAAUCUUAUUUUUCACUACUGCUAAAUGAAACUGCUAGAAAUUUUCGGAUUUGAAAAUUUGAAUAAUGGGUUGUUAUUUCCGCGGGAUGUUAUCUGUAUACUCUAAGCAUUUUAAGCUUUAAGAUGGAUAUGUAAGC